ACCCAUCUCAUUUCUCCAUCGAUCCAUUCAGACUUUCCUCAGCUUUCUCUCUAUCCAUCUCACAAUUCUUCUCUCAGCAUCCCUGAAAUUUGUUUGAGAGAUCAAACACUCCAGAAAAGAAAAUGAGGACAGGUGGUACCUUCGGCACAACAACCACAGUAGCUACUGGAUCCACGGCCACGGCAGCAGCACCUGCGUCUGCGGCAGCCGCAGCGGGCCAGCACUCGCCAUGGCACUCUCCGGUGCCGUACCUUUUCGGGGGCUUGGCAGCUAUGUUGGGUCUCAUAGCUUUUGCUCUAUUGAUCCUCGCCUGUUCCUACUGGAAACUUUCCGGGCAGAUGGAGGGGGGAGAAGGCAGUGAGAGAGAUCCCGAGAACGGGAAUGACAAAGCUGGUGAAGCCAUGAAAAUUCCAACUGCGUUUGAAGAGAAGAUUUUGGUGAUCAUGGCUGGCGAUGAGAAGCCAACCUUCUUGGCAACACCCAUUUCGAGCAAGGCUUCUGCAUUCGGAGAUAAUAGUAAAAACAAGGAUGAUAACAACAGAAUCACCCCAGAUAGCGAGAAACCAGAGAAUACCGAGAAAGCCAAGGCAAGCAACCAGGACGAGAACCAGGAGGAGAACCAGGAUCAAGAGAGAGCAAACAGAGAGACACAAGAGCAGAGUCAGUGAGCUUUGCUCCAAUUUUUCUUUUUUUAUCACAGAAAUGACGAUGCUUGGUGUGGAAAGCUCGUAUUUCAGGUUUUGGUUUGGUUUCUGAAUAUGAGCAGAGUGUUUUGAUGGGGUAUGAGCUCUCCUUAGAGGGAAGAGGAGGAGAGAUUAUAGUUUGUAAAUUUUCUUUUCAUUUUCUUCUUCUUCUUCUUUUCCCUUUUAUAAAACUCUUCCGGGAAUGUAAAUUUGUGAGAAGAAAUGAUAGAUAGCUCGUUUCAUAAAUCUUCUUCUUCUGGUUAAUGUUUUAAGUUCAGACUUCAGAGAUCUGAACUUUUCCAGAAAAUCUGCGAAAAUAUACUACGGAUUUCUUGUAUA